AUGACACAGGGUGAUCAUGACAACAAAGCAAUACCAGAGGCACUCCCAAAUGAUGCUCACCAAGAUGACUCGUCUCCCUAUCCGCUGGAACACGGCUGUGAUGCCUGGUGGCUCUGGAGCCAGUUACACAAGAGCCCAGAAGUCCUCCUAUAUGCACGAACUGCUCUUUUCCAUCCCAACUGGUCACAUGGCACAGCAGCAGUGAGAGGCUCACAACAGCUUAAUGGUGGACUUCACUACUGGGAAGUGCAGGUUUCUCAGAGACUCUUUGGCACUGCCGUGAUGUUUGGGGUGUGCACAGAGUCUGCACGGUUGCAUGCCAAUAGCUUUGUCAGCCUGGUGGGGGAAGACCAGUUUGGGUGGGGACUUUCGCACAAAGGAUUGAUCUGGCAUAAAGGGAAGGGGCAUCACUACACUGAACCCUUCCAAGAAAACUGCUCCACUACCAUCGGUGUAUUGUUUGAUGGUGUGCAAGGCACUUUGGGAUUUUAUAAGGAUACUCGGUGGCUGGGUAUAGCCUUUACUGGUCUCGACACCAUUACUGAACCCCUCUAUCCUGUCAUCGCAUCCACUGCUGCCAAGACUAAACUUACUCUGGGUGCCACCAAGCGAGGGUGGACUGGCCUGCAAGACCGAGCCCGGCAUGCCCUCCUAUCUGCCCUACCACAGCCACAACUCCUCUACACCUUACCACUGCCCCCUGCCCUCAGACAUUACCUGGAGGACGACCUACCACCCUCCAACACACAUGGCCGCAACAGACUGCUCUCUUCAAACAGACAACAGAGCCUACCCUCUUGAUAAAUACCACAAGGUGAGGUCUAAUAUCUCACCUCCAGUAUGUGAAACACUGACAAAGACAUCUAGAUAUUGUUUGCUUUUGAUGUUGUAAUGUAUAUAUUUUACGCUUUGAAUACUUGGUGGCAGGAAACUCUGGCAUCAAGGUUAUCCUGCUAUAUGAACAUACAUGUGAUGAACAACAGUAAGACACUGUUUGAACUAAAUUUGUUCUUUAAAUCCAAAUUUUUAUCACUAAGGCUUUUAAUUCAAACAAGAAAAUUAUUAUGUGCAAUAAAAUAUUAGUAUGGACAAUAUCUGUGGAACAUGCUUGUGCCACUAUGCUAUCUUGCAGGACUUUAGAUGAACGCAUGAUUAGUGCUAAAUAGAUGGGACAAAGCCAAGCACAGGUAUUCACAUCAUUCAGUAUUUUUUUGAAUUGUCCUUGCCUUAUCAUGCAACACAAAGGGUGAACAUUUUCCCAUUUUGGGGGGAGGGUCAUUGUCAUCUUAAAUAAAUGUCUGAAGCAUUAAAUUAUACACAGUAUUUAAAAUUGAGGUGAUGAAAAUAAACCCAUGAACUGUAGAAUCAAUCCACACACAUUACAGACUCUACCACAAAGUCAUUCAGCCCACCAACAAAACAAAAGGCUGAUGGGCUAAAUUUUAAAUUCAUCAUUUAUUAAUUUACAAUCAUCAGUGUUCUGAGGUAUCUGCAGCCAACACAUCUUUAAAUUCAUAGUCAAGGAUGGUA